AUGGCAGAGCAAUUGGUGUUAUUGGGUUUUUGGGCUAGUCCUUUUGCAAUGAGGGUGAAAAUUGCUUUGGCAGAGAAGGAAGUAGGUUAUGAGUCACGAGAACAGAUUUUGUUCAACAAGAGUUCUUUGCUUCUAGAGAUGAACCCUGUUUACAAGAAAGUCCCGGUUUUGAUCCAUGAAGGAAAGCCAAUCUACCUUGAUUCUGGAGCAACUAUUUCCUUUGAAGCUCUAGACUUCACCUUCAUGACUUCCUUAAGCAUGAAUGUUGCAUUGCAGUUUUUCCCAAACGCACAGAUGUUGUGGGCAAGAAAAGGUGAACGCCAAGAAGCAGCCAAGAAGGGUCUCAUAGAAAACUUCAAAGUAUUGGAAGGAGAGCUUGGAGAAAAGACCUACUUUGGGGGUGAGAGUUUUGGCCUUAUAGACAUUGCACUCAUUCCCUUCUUCAGCUUUUUCUACGCGUUUGAGAUCCUUGGAAAAUUUUCCAUGGAAGGGGAGUGCCCCAACAUUGUGGGAUGGGCUAAGAGAUGCUUGCAAAGGGAAACUGUUUCAAAGUCAAUAGUACACGACCAGCACAAAGCUUAUGAAUUUGUUUUGGAGCUCAUGGCCCGGCAUGGGGUUAAGUAA